AGAGAGCGGCCGAAGUGAUGGUUAAGUUGAUAGAGCUGUGCAAAGGCAUGCCAAACUCCAAUCUGAUUGUGAAGACUCACGGGAAUGACUUCCAAUUGAUUGGAUGCUUCUAUGGACCCAAUUUGACCCUCCAAGUUUCGUACGAUGACUCUAUUCAUGACUUCAAUGAGAUUGUGGAGCUGGCCUAUGCUUCCAUGGUUAUCUGCCAGGCAUCUCCUGGUUUUCUGCACUACAGCUAUCAUCAGGCGCUGUCUCUCAGCUCGCCAUUCACCUACAUUCACUCCAUCUGCACACCUCAUCGCCUCUUCGGCUGCAUUCCGCUCUCUUAUCGCCAGUCGCAGCCUUGGCAGACGAAGGGAAAGUACACGGAUUGCACAGUGCUCCUCGCUCUGGUCGACAAGUACACCCGGACAAACUUCAACUACCCUAGCGCGAUGCUGAGACUCCCCGCGGUUGUCCAGCCGCUGGAAGAUGCACAGAACUGGAAGCAUUUCUACGAUGUGAAACUGUUGACGCUGAAGAACAAUUACAGGACCAGUGAGAUAUGCUUUGGCGUCGAUAUGAAUAAUGUUGCAUGA